AUGGAAAAAGAGGUAAUGUUCUUAGGUCAUAAAGUGGAUGACACAGGCCUCCAUCCCGCACCAGAAAAGAUGACAGCUAUUCAAAAUGCUCCCUCACCAAAGAAUGUGACAGAAUUGAAGGCUUAUUUAGGACUUUUAAAUUAUUACAAUAAGUUCUUGCCCAACCUGUCUACUGUUUUAGCCCCUGUGCACAAGUUGCUGCGAAAAGAGGUAAAAUGGAACUGGGCUGGGGAACAAGAGGCUGCUUUUGCUCAGUCUAAAAAAAUGAUUCACAACGGACAAGUUCUGGUCCAUUAUGACCUCCAGAAGGAUGUGAUUUUAUCAUGUGAUGCUUCUCCUUAUGGCUUAGGUGCAGUUCUUUCGCAUAAGAUGCCUGAUGGAAAUGAAAGACCCAUAGGAUUUAUGUCACGAACAUUGAAUCAAGCUGAGCGGAAUUAUUCGCAGUUGGACAAAGAAGGGUUGGCUGUAAUGUUUGGCUUACAGCACUUCCAUAAGUAUUUGUAUGGUCGAAAAUUUACAAUCGUUACGGACCAUAAACCCUUGUUGUCUUUAUUUAACGAGUUAAAAGCUGUUCCCCAAAUGUCCUCUCCUAGAAUCCAGCGAUGGGCUGUGACCCUGAGAGCAUACGAAUACUACAACAUCUUCAAGGCUGGCAAAGAUCAUGGCAACGCAGAUGCUCUUAGCCGGCUACCAUUGCCAUCAACACCUCGGCUACCAUUGCCAAUGGAAUCUUCCACCAAGCAGGAGGAAAGAGUUCUAAUGCUGGAGAAUGCUGAUAUCACCCUGAUUACAGCAGAACAGGUGAGGGAGUGGACAAGAAAAGAUCCAGUAUUAUCUCGGGUAAGAGAAACCGUGCAACGCGGAUGUUUGCAUGAAUUAACAGGGACGGAGUUUGACCCAUUCACAUUAAGGAAAGAUGAAUUAAGCGUACAGGAUGGUUGUGUGCUUUGGGGGGCCCGAGUAAUCAUUCCCAGUGUGGGUAGACAAGACGUUCUUGAACAGUUGCAUCAGUGUCAUCCAGGGGUGUCUAGGAUGAAAGCUUUGGCCAGAAGUUAUGUGUGGUGGCCCAAGUUAGAUCAGGAUGUGGAAAGGCUGGUUAAAACCUGUUGUACGUGCCAAGAGCAUAGGAAUGUUCCAGCUGUUGCCCCACUGCAUCCUUGGAAUUGGCCGGACAAACCAUGGCAACGUUUGCAUGUGGAUUAUGCAGGACCGUUCAUGGGAAAAAUGUUCUUUGUUUUGAUUGAUGCACAUUCAAAAUGGAUGGACGUGUAUCCAGUGAAUUCAGCCACAUCUGCCUCCACUAUUGAAUGUUUGCGGAAGAGCUUCAGUAACCAUGGAUUACCUGAACUGAUUGUAUCAGAUAAUGGUCCUUGCUUCAUUAGUGCCGAAUUCAAAGAGUUCCUUCAUAAAAAUGGAGUACGGCAUGUUACUUCUGCACCUUACCAUGCUUCUAGUAAUGGUUUAGUGGAACGGGCUGUCCAAAUUGUGAAAACCAUGCUAAAAAAAUGUGUUGAUGGAACAAUUGCAACUAAAUUGUCUCAAGUUCUAUACAGUUACAGGAUCACUCCCCAGACCACCACAGGGCUCUCUCCAGCGGAAAUGUUGUAUGGAAGGAAAUUACGCUGUUCAAUGGACUUUAUGCAUCCUGAUUUGACAAGGAAAAUUCAUGAACAACAACAAAAGCAAAAAAUCUAUCAUGAUAAAAAGGCCCGUGAACGGAGUUUUUGUGUUGGAGAUCCAGUACUUACUCGGAACUUUACUUAUGGACCGAAAUGGAUUCCGGGUCAUAUAGCGACUGUGACUGGACCACUUUCUUAUAAAGUAAUGGUGGGCGAUGGACGAGUGGUUCGACGGCAUGUGGAUCAAAUUCAUGCCCGACAGAAAUUGCUUGUAAACACUUCAGAAGAGGGAAUGGACUGUAAAUUCCCUGAUUUCGACAUUCCUGGAAACUCAACACCUGUAGUUGCUAAAGAGACUGAGGGAACAGAGACUGAGGACAUUUCUAGUGAAACUAAUCCCUCUGAAGCAUCUGGGGAUUCCUCUCAACAUUCGGAGAUAAUCACUGAAAUGAACAAACCUGCUAGUCCUGUUGUAAUUAUGAGACGCACAAAGAACCAGGAAGUUGCCUACCCUUUUGAAAGAUUAUGA